CCUGGCUGGAGCAGCGAGUCUGUCAAUCCAGGCAAGAGACAAGGCAGACAAAGGUUCAUUUGUAAAGGACCUCCUUCCAGCACCUCCUCUAGUCUCUGUUUGCCCAAAUUCAUCCAGUCAGUUGGAGCAUUUAAGAAGAUUCUUCUGCCAACAAGACCAAAAGGAAAGAAGAAAAGGGGCCAAAAACCAAAAUGAAAUUUAUGAUACUUGUCACUGCUGGGCUAACUUUGCUGCUAGGAGUCCAUGCCAUGCCUUCAAAUCGCCUGUCUUGCUACAGAAAAAUCCUAAAAGAUCGGAACUGUCACAACCUUCCAGAGGGAGUGGCUGACCUGACACAGGUUGAUGUCAAUGUCCCGGAUCACUUCUGGGAAGGGAAGGCAUGUGAGAUGAUCUGUUACUGCAAUUUCAGUGAAUUGCUCUGUUGCCCAAGAGACGUGUUCUUUGGACCAAAGAUCUCUUUUGUGAUCCCUUGCAACAAUCAUUGAGGAUCUUCAUGUAUUCCAGAGAACCAUCCCUAAUUUCCCACACAUUAUGUCAGUGUUAUUACAUUUCUAGUUUCUAUCCAGAGCAAUAAAGCACAGAUUCCAUAGUCUUACUUGUCUUAAACAAGUAAACCUGUGUUAAACAAGUAGUAAUAAAAGUUAAUUCACUUUAA